UUUGACCAGAUACGUGGCAGUGGGUCGCUUUUACCAACACUCCCCGAGGCCCAGUCCACCGAAACUUCAUUUGCGUACCCAUCAAGAAGAAGAAAAGAAUAAAGUGGAAGAAGAAGAAGAGCCGUCAACGAUCAUCAUGGGGGGUGACUCCGUUGUUUCUAAUGAUCAAGACUCUUUGUUGGAAGAGGAUUUUACCUUGCUUUCUUCUCACUCCCCAGCUGCACUCAGAGACAAUAGAGUGAAUGUGGAGAACGGGUCAGAUGUUGGAGAAACUAGCGAAGAAUGGUGUUCUUCUAGGUUUGAUUUUGAAGUCAAUGAAAGGAAAACGCUUAGUGCCUAUGAAGAAAUCUCGCAAAGCUAUGAUCGAUUCGCGAUUGAUACAUUGAAACAUUGAAGAUUUUAUUGCCUCAGCUACAAGCCUGGAGCAUGGAUUGAGAAUGUGGGUGGCUUACAGACAUGUGAUUAUGAUGUACCAAAGACAACAUGCCUCCUAUUGGUUGGUCCAGGAGGAUCUGGGAAAAGUAGUAUGAUAAAUAGAAUCUCUAAGGUGCUUGAGGAUGAUAAAUUUGCACCAGCAAGAGCACAAGUAUCAUAUAAUUUGCUUACAGGAGAUGGGACAUACUUCCUCCAGGAGUAUAUGAUUCCAAGGCACUCAACCUCGAUCUGUCUAUGUGAUACACGUAGUUUGUCUGACAACUCGAAUGAAAAUGAGAAUGAUAGAGUGCUGAAGAGUUGGAUGACAAAAGGUGUUCGUCAUGGAGAGCUUGUUGUAAGGAAGACAGAUAGUCGAAUAUUAAAGAAAAGUUUGAAGUGUAAAGCUCGCAAGAAUGGUUUCAUUUCCAGUAAGAUCAGAAAAGUUAAUUUUGUAAUAUAUGUUGUAAAUGGUCUUUCGGUUCUGAAAUCAAUGAAGGAUACUGGUGCACGGGAGAGACAAUAUAUUGAAACAAUUGUUCAAACUUUCAACAGCCCAUUCUUGUCAUUUAAAGAUGACAAACCUGUUCUUGUUUUCACUCAUGGGGAUCUCCUUUCCCUGCUUGACCGUGUCCGUGUCCGUGCUUAUUUGGGAGAAUUACUAGGAAUUCCACCAACAAUACAAAUUUUUGAUAUCCCUGAUUGUGAUGAUCUAGCUACUGAGUCUACCAUCAUUGAGAUGCUACGAUAUAGCCUUGAGCAUGCGGAAAGAAAUUUUCCCCGGCAAAGCAAAGUUCUUGGAAAGAUAUUGUACUUGCAGGUCGAUACCAAGUUUCUGUUCUGCGUGGUUUUGUCGAUUCUCGUGCUAGCUGUCGCUGUUGUGAUGGCAUAUGACAUGUUGCCACAACUUUGUCAUGUCCUUCAACAGCAAGCAGGUCGCAAGAAAUAUCCUGCCAGGCUCAAAAAACUGAAAGUUCCUGAGAUGGAAUUCAAAAUAGAUUGGCACAAGAUUCGCUACAUAUGGUAGCUUUGAAUGGUGCUAAGGCUUAUCUGUAAUGAUGCUGCUAUGAGUUUUGGUAAUGUGAAGAUCUGUAAAUUGGAAAAAAAUAAAAAAUAUAAAAAAACCAGCGUGUAUUCUAUUCUUGUUGACCUUUUAUUAGUACACUUAUGUAUGCCAAUUUCUCUAGUGUUUCUGUGA